AUGGCUACAGUCCUACAGUCUUUAUUUCCCAUAGGACAGUAUGGAAGAAAACGUACAAAAAGUGAUGAGAUGAUGCCCAGGCUAGGAACUGCUGUUAUUCAUAGUUUCAUAGUAGGGUGCUGUUCCCUUUCCCGAAAGAAAGAGAAAGAUCCCGAGAAAAAGGAAGUAGGCUUCGGUUCAAUCUGGGAUCGAACUAUCCUCUUUUCUUUGGCUGUGUCAAGCCAGUUCUCUGAUCCGAGGGGGACUCUUGUGAAGGCUUCUUUGUUUCGGACAAGAGUGUCCAGCACGCAAGGGGAAAUAGAAUGCCCAAGGAAGAUUAGCAUGGGCAGAAGUGAGAUUUUAUUGGAUUCCAUUCUUGAGCCACUCACGAAGUCCAUGGUUAGGCUUGUUCAGAUCAGAGGGGCGGCCAAAAAGAAUUUAGUAGCUUUAGGGCUGGUUAUGAGGACAUGGUCGUGUCAGACUGACGAGUUGGCCAUGGAGGAUGCGGCCUGUCAGGAAGAUCGGCUUUGGUGCUCGAUUGCUUAUAAGGCGAAUUUGGAGCUUGUGUUCGCUUCAAAGGAUCAAGACGAGAUUCGGUUUCUCGGAAGGACCAACAAGCAAGGACUGUUGGCCAGGAUGUGUAAAGGGCGCCGGCGCGGAUCAAAGGAAUGCGCGUGGCAUGUCAAAUGGACCUUGUGUCAGUGGCGAAGACGAAGUCUAGUGGUCAAAGGACCAUGGCACUUUCCCUCAAUGGAUGAGAUGUGCGUCGGCCCUGUCUUACCUCCAGAUGUUGGGCGUUGA